UGGUGGCGGCGGCGAGCGGAGCCGGAGGAGCCGCCGCAAAGAUGGAGGAGCCGUCGAGGAGGCGCUGCCGCUGCUGCCGCCGCCGCUGCUGCCGCCGCCGCCCGCGAAGCCGGAGCUCGAGCCUCAGGGGGGAUGCCGUUCUGAGUGCCUGACUGCCUCGCCCCGAAGGAUGGCCUCUGAUGGGCAUUAGAGGCACAGCGGCCCCGGGCUCCUGUCCCGUCCGUCUGUCUGUUUUCGUCUGUCUCUCUUGACAUCACCGCAGCUCCACCCCCUCCCGUCCCAGCCCCCAACGCCAGCUUCCUGUGGGCCCAGAGGCGGCAUGAACUCUCCCACCGAGUCGGCAGAUGGGAUGUCAGGCCGGGAACCAUCCUUGGAAAUCCUGCCUCGGACCCCUCUACACGGCAUCCCUGUGGCAGUGGAGGUGAAGCCGGUGCUGCCCGGAGCCAUGCCCAGCUCCAUGGGGGGCGGGGGUGGAGGCAGCCCCAGCCCCGCGGAGCUUCGGGGUGCCCUGGCAGGCCCCGUGGACCCCUCGCUGAGGGAGCAGCAGCUGCAGCAGGAGCUUCUGGCACUCAAGCAGCAGCAGCAGCUGCAGAAGCAGCUCCUGUUCGCCGAGUUCCAGAAACAGCAUGACCACCUGACCCGGCAGCAUGAGGUCCAGCUGCAGAAGCACCUCAAGCAGCAGCAGGAGAUGCUGGCGGCCAAGAGGCAGCAGGAGCUGGAGCAGCAGCGGCAGCGGGAGCAGCAGCGGCAGGAAGAGCUGGAGAAGCAGCGGCUGGAGCAGCAGCUGCUCAUCCUGCGAAACAAGGAGAAGAGCAAAGAGAGUGCCAUCGCCAGCACUGAGGUGAAGCUGAGGCUCCAGGAGUUCCUUCUGUCGAAGUCAAAGGAGCCCACACCGGGCGGCCUCAACCAUUCCCUCCCACAGCAUCCCAAAUGCUGGGGAGCCCACCAUGCUUCUUUGGACCAGAGUUCCCCUCCCCAGAGUGGCCCCCCUGGGACGCCUCCCUCCUACAAACUGCCUUUGCUUGGGCCCUAUGAUAGCCGCGAUGACUUCCCCCUCCGCAAAACAGCCUCUGAACCCAACUUGAAAGUGCGUUCGAGGCUAAAGCAGAAGGUGGCUGAGCGGAGAAGCAGUCCCCUCCUGCGUCGCAAGGAUGGGACAGUCAUUAGCACCUUUAAGAAGAGAGCCGUUGAGAUCACCGGUGCUGGGCCUGGAGUGUCGUCCGUGUGUAACAGCGCACCAGGCUCCGGCCCCAGCUCUCCCAACAGCUCCCACAGCACCAUUGCUGAGAAUGGCUUUACUGGCUCGGUCCCCAACAUCCCCACCGAGAUGCUCCCCCAGCACCGGGCCCUCCCUCUGGACAGCUCCCCCAACCAGUUCAGCCUCUACACGUCUCCCUCUCUGCCCAACAUCUCCCUAGGGCUGCAGGCCACAGUCACUGUCACCAACUCGCACCUCACCGCCUCCCCGAAGCUGUCAACGCAGCAGGAGGCCGAGAGGCAGGCCCUCCAGUCCCUGCGGCAGGGUGGCGCGCUGACGGGCAAGUUCAUGAGCACGUCCUCCAUCCCCGGCUGCCUGCUUGGUGUGGCGCUGGAGGGUGACAGCAGCCCGCACGGGCACGCCUCGCUGCUGCAGCACGUGCUGCUGCUGGAGCAGGCUCGGCAGCAGAGCACCCUCAUCGCAGUGCCACUCCACGGGCAGUCCCCGCUGGUGACAGGUGAACGUGUGGCCACCAGCAUGCGGACAGUGGGCAAGCUCCCGCGGCACCGGCCCUUGAGCCGCACUCAGUCCUCCCCGCUACCCCAGAGCCCCCAGGCCCUGCAGCAGCUGGUCAUGCAGCAGCAGCACCAGCAGUUCCUGGAGAAACAGAAGCAACAGCAGCUGCAGCUGGGCAAGAUCCUCACCAAGACUGGGGAGCUGCCUCGGCAGCCCACCACCCACCCCGAGGAGACAGAGGAGGAGCUGACUGAGCAGCAGGAGGCCUUGCUUGGGGAGGGAGCCCUGACCAUCCCCCGGGAAGGCUCCACGGAGAGCGAGAGCACGCAGGAAGACCUGGAGGAGGAGGAGGAGGAGGAGGAGGAGGAGGAGGAAGAGGAGGAGGAGGACUGCAUCCAGGUCAAGGACGAGGAAGGCGAGAGUGGCACUGAGGAGGGGCCCGACUCGGAGGAGUCCAGUGCUGGUUACAAGAAGGUGUUCUCUGAUGCCCAGCAGCUGCAGCCCCUUCAGGUGUACCAGGCACCCCUCAGCCUGGCCACUGUGCCCCAUCAGGCCCUAGGCCGCACCCAGUCCUCACCUGCUGCCCCUGGGGGCAUGAAGAGCCCCCCAGACCAGCCCACCAAACACCUCUUCACCACGGGUGUGGUCUACGACACAUUCAUGCUGAAGCACCAGUGCAUGUGCGGGAACACGCACGUGCACCCCGAGCACGCCGGCCGGAUCCAGAGCAUCUGGUCCCGGCUGCAGGAGACGGGCCUGCUCAGCAAGUGCGAGCGGAUCCGGGGUCGCAAAGCCACGCUGGAUGAGAUCCAGACGGUGCACUCCGAAUACCACACCCUGCUCUAUGGGACCAGCCCCCUCAACCGACAGAAGCUGGACAGCAAGAAGCUGCUCGGCCCCAUCAGCCAGAAGAUGUAUGCUGUGCUGCCUUGUGGGGGCAUUGGGGUGGACAGUGACACAGUGUGGAACGAGAUGCACUCCUCCAGUGCAGUGCGCAUGGCCGUGGGCUGCCUGGUAGAGCUGGCUUUCAAGGUGGCAGCAGGAGAGCUCAAGAAUGGUUUUGCCAUCAUCCGGCCCCCAGGACACCACGCAGAGGAAUCCACGGCCAUGGGAUUCUGCUUCUUCAACUCUGUAGCCAUCACAGCCAAACUCCUGCAGCAGAAGCUGAACGUGGGCAAGGUUCUCAUCGUGGACUGGGACAUUCACCACGGCAAUGGCACCCAGCAAGCGUUUUACAAUGACCCCUCUGUGCUUUACAUCUCCCUGCAUCGCUAUGACAAUGGGAACUUCUUUCCAGGCUCUGGGGCUCCUGAAGAGGUUGGCGGAGGGCCAGGCGUGGGGUACAAUGUGAACGUGGCAUGGACAGGAGGUGUGGAUCCCCCCAUCGGAGACGUGGAGUACCUAACGGCCUUCAGGACAGUGGUGAUGCCCAUUGCCCACGAGUUCUCACCUGACGUGGUCCUGGUCUCUGCCGGGUUUGAUGCUGUUGAGGGACACCUGUCUCCACUGGGUGGCUACUCUGUCACCGCCAGAUGUUUUGGCCACUUAACCAGGCAGCUGAUGACGCUGGCAGGGGGCCGCGUGGUGCUGGCCCUGGAGGGAGGCCAUGACUUGACCGCCAUCUGUGAUGCCUCUGAGGCCUGUGUCUCAGCUCUACUCAGCGUGGAGCUGCAGCCCUUGGACGAGGCAGUCUUGCAACAAAAGCCCAACAUCAACGCAGUGGCCACGCUAGAGAAAGUCAUCGAGAUCCAGAGCAAACACUGGAGCUGCGUACAGAGGUUCGCUGCUGGUCUAGGCCGCUCCCUGCGGGAGGCCCAGGCAGGUGAGACGGAGGAGGCUGAGACUGUGAGCGCCAUGGCCUUGCUGUCGGUGGGGGCCGAGCAGGCCCAGGCUGCUGCAGCCCGGGAGCACAGCCCCAGGCCGGCAGAGGAGCCCAUGGAGCAGGAGCCUGCCCUGUGACGCCCCGGCCCCCGGCCCUCUGGGCUUCAUCAUUGUGAUUUUGUUUAUUUUUUCUAUUAAAAACAAAAAGUCACACAUUCAACAGCGUGUGCCGUGUGGGUCUCUCAGCCUCGCCCCCCCCCGCUCCUCGAAGCCCUCAGGCCUCGCCACCAACUCCCCACAUCUCCGCUCUAGAACUUUGCUCCCCCUGGAAGGUAUGGGGGUGCCCUUUCCAGCCUCACCUCCAUGUCGUGCCCCACACCCACCUUCCUGCAUUGUCCUUUUCCCCUUGGAGCCUGGGCCGGCUUAAAGUGGGGAUGGGGCCCAGAUGGUACUUUCCAGUUUGGGGGUCUAAGUGAGGAGGGAGCAGUAAGUUUGGUGCCUUGGCUUCAGCGGACUUGGGGGAGAUGCCUUAAUUUCACCCUCCUUCCCUCCAACCGCAGCAGGAGAUCCGGAAGGUUGCUCUACUGUCUAAGAUACAGAGUGGAGGGGAGGUGGGUUCCCACCCUGCGAUUCCCCACCCUUUUCCCCCUUUGUUGUCCUUGCUAUCUCUGCGUAGACCCCUUCUCCUCCUCCUUUCUCCUGGCCUCAGCGGCAAGGGAAGACCUAUGCCCUGGGGUGCGAUCCUGCGGUCCGUGGGCAGGGGUGUCUCGC